CUCUUUUUCUCUCUCUUAUUCCAACCGCAGCCGCAAAAACAAACUCAAACUCGAGCUAAUCGCUGCAUAAAUUUGCUGUUCGAAUUGAACAAUUGAACAGUCUCAGUUAGCAGCUGAAAUCGGAAAUAAGCGACAAAAGCAGCAGUGCGAGCAAAAAUCAAGUAAUAAUAAUCAUCAAUAAGCAGCUGUUUGCAUUCGCGUGUUUUGAAGCCGGUAAUGUGUUUUAGAUUUUCACUGAAAACUUAACAAUGAGAUUGGUCAUCUUGGAAACCAGCGACUCGGUGGGCAAGUGGGCGGCCAAAUAUGUGAUGAAACGCAUCAAUGACUUUCAGCCGAGUGCCGACAGAUACUUCGUUUUGGGCCUGCCCACGGGAUCUACGCCAUUGGGAAUGUACAAAGAACUGAUCGAGUUUCAUAAGCAGGGCAAGGUAUCCUUUCAGUAUGUGAAAACCUUCAAUAUGGAUGAGUAUGUGGGACUGGCCAGAGAUCACCAUGAGAGCUAUCACUACUUCAUGUGGAACAACUUCUUCAAGCACAUCGACAUUGAGCCCAAGAAUGUGCACAUUUUGGAUGGCAAUGCAGCUGAUCUGGUGGCCGAGUGCAAUAAGUUCGAGGAUCAGAUCCGCGAGGCUGGAGGAGUGGAGCUGUUCAUCGGUGGCAUCGGACCCGAUGGCCAUAUUGCCUUCAAUGAGCCCGGCUCCUCAUUGGUGUCCCGAACGCGGGUGAAAACUCUGGCGCAGGAUACACUUGAAGCGAAUGCCCGUUUCUUUGACAACGAUAUGAGCAAGGUGCCCAAACAGGCUUUAACCGUGGGCGUUGGCACUGUGAUGGACUCCAAGGAGGUGAUGAUCCUCAUCACCGGAGCUCACAAGGCAUUUGCCCUGUACAAGGCCAUCGAGGAGGGUGUGAAUCACAUGUGGACCGUCAGUGCCUUCCAGCAGCAUGCAAAUACCCUGAUGAUCUGCGACGAGGAUGCCACUUUGGAGCUGAGAGUUAAGACCGUUAAAUAUUUCAAGGUAUGCCCGCCCACGAUGUCGUCGCUUUUGUAGACGAACUGGGAAUAGAACUGGUAUACUGGUGAAUUAGGGUCUACCGAAGGUGUUGGUCUAAUAACCCCCCUAACUUGAAAAUCUAAUCUUUAGAAGCAGAAGUUGGAUACAUGUGAACUCUUAUAUGGUUGUUAGUUAAGUCUAAGAAUUUUGCAUGCCUAUAUGCUUGUAAUAUAAAAGCUUCCACGGUUGUAGGCAUACGGUUAAGUAGAACGUUAAAAGAGACAGCAUUUUGUUAACGACUGGCUGACUGGCCAUUCCCACAAUUUCACAGGGCAUUCUCAGAGAUCUAGACGAAGGCUCCCCACUGGAGGGCUACAAAAACUGAUAAUGCGUAAAGUAUACAGCUUUAUUUUCCAAAGCAAUUUUUAAGUAAAUGAUAUUGAUUCCAAGGACUAUUUCUGUGAUUAAGAGAGUCAACAAGUAAUGAUUAUCGGAUGGAAGACUGCCUGCUGCUAUAAACUAGUUCUUAUAAGGUCAUUAGAAUAAUCCAGCUAAAAAAAGAAAUCAAAAUUAAAUAUUACUUUUAAAUGCCUU